AUGAAACUCCUCAGGGAUUCGGAGAUUGGUCAUUCUACUUUCCUGUUGGCAAUCAAUUUGUUAGCAAGGCAUUUAACCAUCCUUCAAAAUCAAGUCAAACGCGGAACUCCACCGCGAUUUACCCGGUUUCAACCGAAUAUUCCGCCUCAGCAGCAGCCCUUUAAUAGCUACUCCUAUGUUACUCCUUGGUUUAUGUCCGCCGCAGCAGGCGGAGCGAAUAAACCCUCCAACGGAAUCGGUAUUUUCGGUGCUCCACCUGAAAACGGUCGAUUCGAUCACUUACAUACUGGCAAUCGUGGGCAUCAACGCCGAUCUUGCCGACUGAAUAAUAUCAGUUCUACCUGUCACAACGGCCACACGAAUAACAAUUCCUCAGGAUCUUGGAAUUUUUCUUUCAAAACCGAAGAGGAGCUUUUCUGUGACAGUGCACCCAAAGCUGCUAUUAACUUAGAGCUCUAUGAUAGUAUCCCAGUGAAACAGUCGGGACCGGACUGGACUGCUGUCGACCCGUUGACGUCGUUUAAUGACGUACAAUUGCAUAAGGUCCUUGCGGAAAACAUCGAGCGUGCUCAGUAUGUUCACCCAACACCGGUACAGAAAUACGCCCUUCAAAUUGUGUUAGCGAAGCGCGAUCUUAUGGCUUGUGCUCAGACGGGUUCCGGAAAGACAGCCGCGUUUUUGAUACCUCUACUUCAUAUGAUGCUUGAGGGCAGUUCAAAGGGAGGGGAAAAGGGAAAUGACUCCAAAAUAAAGGGAAGCCAUUCCCUGCAAAUGGGUGUGGCUAGUCCAACCUGUCUAAUUCUUGCACCUACGCGGGAGCUCUCCUGCCAAAUAUUUGACGAGUCCCGUCGGUUUGCCUACCGUUCGGAUUUGAAGCCCUGUGUGGUCUACGGUGGUGCACCCGUAAACAAUCAAUUGCGUGAUCUUUCGCGCGGCUGUGAUCUUCUUGUUGCUACGCCUGGCCGUCUCGUUGAUGUGAUUGGACGAGAGAAGGUCACUCUGGAGAAUGUCAAAUUCCUUGUUUUGGACGAGGCGGAUCGUAUGCUCGAUAUGGGUUUUGAGCCACAGAUUCGCAAGAUUGUCGAGCAGAAUGGAAUGCCCGAUUCCAGCCAGCGUCAGACUCUCAUGUUCUCAGCCACAUUUCCGAAUGAAAUACAAGUGCUUACUCCUUCAACUGUGGUUCCCUCCGUUUCAAUUGGUCUGGAUACCCCACAGUCGCUGCGGUCCAUAUCACGCGCUUGA